UCAUGAUCACUGUGCGCUCAAUCACAGCUGAUAAAUUUGCUUUUUUUUUCCUCUUAAAAAGAAAUUAGCAGGCAAUGUCUGAGAAUUCUGAUAAUUGAAGCGAAAACAGUCGGCUUCGUGAAAAGAUUUCAUCGUCCGGCGUCAAUCUAACCUUGUUCUCAUUCAGCUUAAAGGUUGAGAAGAGACUUGUCAAUGGCAGACAUACCUAGACACCUGCGCGCUUGUUUGGAUAUGGGGAAAAUAGCUUUCUUGGCAAUCCUAGUUUCUGGAGGAAUCGUCUUACAGAUCCUGGCUUGUGCACUGUAUAAUAACUGGUGGCCUAUGCUAAGUGUGAUAAUGUACGUGCUUCUCCCAAUGCCUUUGCUCUUCUUCGCUGGAUCGGACAGUACAUCUCUCUUCAAUGAAUCAGACAAUAGCUGGAUCAAUGCAGCCAAGUUCAUGACUGGUGCAUCAGCAGUUGGAAGCAUCGCCAUACCUUCGAUUCUAAAACACGCUGGACUCAUCGGUUGGGGCGCAUUAGCCUUUGAUCUCUCUUCCUACGUUGUCUUCCUCGUCGCUAUACUGUGUUACAUUUGCGUAGGAGAUGACAGUGACAACUAUUACAGCUACAUAUAAAAAUGCACACAAGGUCAUCAUCGUUACUUUCUCAAAUUCUCUGUCUUUUUACCACAUCACCGGUUAGAUUGAUUGGUUCAAAAAAGAGAAUCUCUUGUUGAGAGGGAUCACUCAGUUGUAUGUAUGAUUGAAUGACUGAAUGGUUUGUUGUAAGUUAAAAACUUUACAUGGUUUUGUUUGGUUUUGGUGUACAGAACAGAUUUAUUAUUUGGCAAAAUAUUUCAUUUUUUCCUUAA